CUUUUCGCCCUCUAUAAUUUCGUGAUGACAUUCCAGUCUGCUUGCUGAAUUUCAGUCAGUCCGGAGCAGUUCAGAGUCCGCUGGGAAAAACACGUCCAGUUCAGUCUUUUAGUUAAUUAUCACCGUGAUCAUGCCAAACUGGGGUGGAGGAAACAAAUGCUGCGCCUGCAACGGGACGGUUUAUCAUGCUGAAGAGGUCCAGUGUGACGGCAAGAGUUUUCACAAGUGCUGCUUCCUCUGCAUGGUCUGCAGGAAAGGUUUAGACAGCACUACAUUGGCCAUCCAUGACCAGGAGAUCUACUGCAAGUCCUGCUAUGGUAAAAAAUACGGGCCAAAGGGAUACGGCUAUGGUCAGGGAGCGGGAACACUUAACAUGGACCGUGGAGAGAGACUCGGCAUCAAGCAUGAAGAGACACACACUCACCGGCCCACAACCAACACAAACACGUCCAAGUUUGCGCAGAAGUUUGGCGGAUCAGAGAAGUGUGCGCGAUGUGGAGACGCGGUGUAUGCAGCGGAGAAAAUCAUGAGCGCUGGCAAGCCGUGGCAUAAGAACUGCUUUCGCUGCGCCAAAUGUGGGAAGAGUUUAGAGUCGACGACACAGACGGAGAAAGAUGGAGAAAUCUACUGCAAAGCAUGUUAUGCAAAGAACUUUGGACCCAAAGGAUGUGGAUACGGUCAAGGAGCAGGAGCUCUGGUUCACGCUCAAUGAUUAGUCCUUAUGUUAUUGUAAAGGUUGUUAAUAAUUUCAAGAUAAUGAUUAUUUUGCAUAAAGGAAAAUAACUAUUAGGAUAAAUAUUACUUAAGCACAUUUCCAUCAAAAUUAUGAUGUAAAAAAUAUUUUAAAAUAAUUGAAUACAAUAUUUACAGUAUUUAUUUUUUUGUAAUACAAUAAAAUAAUGAGAAUUUGGGGAAAAUAUCACAAUAAUUUUUAAUGUAAUACAAUUUUUUUGGAAUAUAAUCAAUUAAAUAAGCACAAUGAUUCAUUAAAAUAAUGAGAAUUUAGGGAAAAAUGUCACAAUUAAUUUUAAUUAAAUAAAGUUUUUGUAAGACAAUAUAUAAAGAUAAACAAUAAUAUAUUAAAAUAAUGAGAAUUUAAGGAAAAACACCACAAUUAAUUUAAAUUCAAUGUUUUGUAAUACAAUAAA